UCCAAGCUUAACCUCAAGUUUGUGGUGUAAGGGCAACCCCUUGACGUGCUUAUCCCCCGGCCGCCAUGUUGGAAAAAGGGGGUGCAAAAAACGCGUUUUUGGCUAUAUCCCUUUUACUAUCCAUCAUACAUAAAAUUUGUAAAGACACAUUUUGUAGCAAAUCGCUUUGCCUACAAUUAUGUCUAUAUAACUUUUUAUCAUAAAUCCAAAAUAAAAAAGUUGUAUAUAUAUCUAACCAGAUGGAUAGUGGACACUUUGCCUAGGUAGAAAGAAAUAAUCUAUCUGAUAUAAUAUAUUAUGUAUUAUUCUAUCUGUGUACCGACAUGCUCUGUUAUCGAUGUUUUAGUUCUUUAAUCUUUGCUUGAUAGUUGAUAUUCUUUGUUUAUUAAUUUGUCUUGUUAAAUGUUAUUCUUGUUUUGAUCGCAGUGCUUACGAGUAGUAAAAAUUAAUAAAAUAAAUUAAAAAUGUCUGAUGUACCUGAAAAUAGCCCCUUACCUACUUGUAGUAAAAUUUCUUUUUUAUUAGAGCUAAAAAAGGAUGAGGGUCCUUCGCCUAAAAAGCGUAAGACUGCCUUUGACGAAGACCCGUCUGUUAAAUUAGAACAUAGGUUGGGGGGUAUAUUGUGUUGCGCAGUUUGCUUGGACCUGCCUCCAGCCGCCGUAUACCAGUGUAGCAAUGGACACUUGAUGUGUGCCCCAUGUUUCACUCAUCUACUGGCGGAUGCGCAGCUUCGUGACGAGUCAGCUACCUGCCCGAAUUGCCGUGUCGAGAUCUCCAAAACCUCAGCCUCCAGAAACCUAGCAGUUGAAAAAACUGUUUCUGAACUGCCUUCUGAAUGCAAAUUUUGUACUCGUGUCUUCCCUAGGCAUGCUUUGCAAAAUCAUGAAGACAAGAUUUGUGAAGAUAGUGGAAACGAGUACAAGUUCUCUCAGUUAUCUGUGGAAGUAGCGUCGCCCGCGGCUGUGAGUGGUUUGGUUCGCAUCGUGGUGUGGGUAGUCGGCCUCCUGCUGGCUUCCUUCAGGAGCCGACCGCUCGAGGCGACGGCACACAAGCGGCGUAGGUAUCGCAGUGACGUGGGAUGCUGUGGCAGGCUGACGGGGUGUCUCUACGAGCGUAUCGGAUGCGGAUGGCGCGGGCCUGCGCACGAGGCCAGCGCACACGAGGCGGUCUGCGAGAGGCCGCACAAAUCGGCAGGAGAUGUGCUGCCGGCGCUGGCGGAGCGCGAGGCGCGGGCCGCUGACCACACACGCGUCUACACGCAGAUAUUCUCCCUCCUGUCCCUAGAGAAGAUUACUUUUAAUGAUUUGCAGCUGAAGCCGUACCGCACGGAAGAGUUCAUCCAUAAGCUGUACUACGAAACGUUGCGGUUUCCUUCAUUCGGGCAUCAAUGGGUGGUGAAGGCUUUCAUCAACAAUAACCAGCCACACCCCACCCACACUGCGCAUCGUGAGAUAACAUACCAGCUAAUCCUAAAGAGCAAGCCGCAAUGCGAGCUCUCAGUGCAGUGGGUAGUAGCGAGGGGUCCCUUUGGCGAGGCGCGCUUGGCCCCUCGGGUCUCAUCACACACCUUCCGCGGCGAUGACGACCCUGCGCCUGCGCCUUUGCCGCUCGCUGACCCUGAGGACACCAACCGGUUGCUCUCCAACAAAGCCAUACAUUUUAGACUUCUCAUGUUUCUUACGAACAAGUAAGAGU